AUGUCCGAUGUGCCACCUUCGCUGCCUCCCAAGGGUGCACCUUUAGCAGACAACGGGAACUCGCACUCGCGCCCGGAGUCAUCAACAUCACCGCCGUCGCAAGCCGCUAGCCAUGCUCAAACACCCACGCCGUCUGUAAAGAUUCCACUGCCUGAUAACUUUGGCAGUUUACCCACGAGGGAGAUCGAGAAGCUGCUCAGCACGUUGGAUGUGCUCAAAGGGUAUCUCGUGACGCUUAUUCAAGGUGAGCUUGACAAGGACGUUGCAGAACUAGAAGGAAUCGUGCGACAGAUUGAGAGUUAUAAAGAGAAGCUUGAGCAACUCGAGAGUUGUAAACGGAAGACCCGGUUGAAAGCAGAAGAAGUGAACGAGCUCACCUCACAAUGGCUACAAAAGGAACAGGAGAUGAAGAAGGCGCUGUAUAGAUUCAGUAGAGAAAACCUACAAUCGCUGCUACAAACGUCUGUACAGGAGUCUCGAAAGCUAACAGAAUCUAUCCAGGCAACGUUUGUAUCGCACAUCGACCAGCACGACGAGCAGUCGAUCCAGAUGUUCAUAAAGAGCUAUCGUCAUGAACGCAAGGAGUAUUACUUACACAAGGAGAAGUUGAGUCGUUUCCAACAGGGUAGAAUAGGAGGAAUUUGA